CGUGAGCGCAGUGGAGAGAAGGACACACUUUCCACAGCUCUCGUGUAACAAAAAAAAAAAAAGAAAAAAGACAGAGCGAGACAUCAGACCCACGCACACUCACACAGAGACUCAUAUAAUUAGGGACCCACGUGUGAGCGCGCAGCAUCCAGAGAGUCCACAUCCAGGAUUCGGGAGGAUUUUUGCGCACGCCGUGUCAUUUGUUUUGAAAGUAAAGCAGCCAUGCACUCAGCCGGCGACAACUAAUCCACCAAAAUGACUCACCGAGGGAACGGAAGACCGCGUUCGUGGGUUGCUGUGGCGGAGCAGCGUCCGUUAAGUUGCGUGAUUCUCACCCACAGAGGGUCACCUUCUGGAACCAUGUCCUGUGGCGACGUGCGUGGCGCGCCAGCGUGCGUGUGAGUGACUGACUGACCGAUAGUCUUUUGCGAGAGGAAGAGAGGCUGGAUAAACACAGCAGACCGGAUUUCAGGCAGCGACAGCCACACACUGAGAGAAGCCGCCUCUCGUCUCUCCCAGCCCCGCAGACACAUGCAGGAUGUGCGGGGAGCGCCGGCGAGUCCUGGUCCAGCUCAACCCGGGUUCAUGACGCGCUGGGCGGCCUCGUCAUGCGUCUCCUGCCCGAGCCCAGCGCUCAAUCCCUCCGGCUCCUCUUCCUCUUUAUCUUUGUGAUGGGGGUGGCCCCGUCGCCGGUUCUCACAGCCGGCUGUCCAGACAGAUGCGUGUGCGACGACCAGCUGGUAGUCCAGUGCGCCGGGCAGGAGCUCACCCAGUUCCCCAAUGACCUGCCGCUGGCCACCCGGCAGCUCAUCAUCUCUAACAACCGCAUCGGGGACCUGCCGGCGCUGCAGCUCAACUACCUGUCCGACCUGGUGUAUCUGGACUGCAGCAACAACUCUCUGAGCGAGAUCUCCGAGUCCACCUUCGGGAACUUGCGCAAACUCGCCUACCUGGACUUGUCUUUUAACAUCCUGCUGCAGAUCGAGGACCGGACGUUCGGCCCGCUGGCGUCCCUGGUGAUGCUCCGGCUGACGGAUAACCCGAGUCUGGCUGAGAUCCACUCGGACGCCUUCUCGGAGAACAUGGCUCUGCAGGUGCUGGAUGUGAGCCGGAACAACCUGACCACCCUGAACAUCAGCAGCCUCAUCGCUUUGCCUGCUCUGCGCUCUCUCGGGCUCAGCGGUAACCCGUGGAGGUGCGACUGUGACACGGAGGACCUGUGUCUGUGGGUGCAGAUCGAGGGCUUCAAAUUCCAGGAUGAAGGCCAGACGGUCUGCCACAGUCCCCCAGAGCUGGCAGGCCAGCGGUUGGCGGAGGUUGGCAUGCAGCUGCGGGCAGACUGCCACCAAGGCCUGGGCUACUGGGACUACCUCUUCUUCAUCGCCAUUGGCUUCGUCAUCUUCUCAGCUGGCACGGUGUCAGCGUGGGUGAUGGGAGUGCUCAUGGUGCUCUACGAGCGCUACAGCAAGCGGAAGGGCGAGCAGCUGGACAGCGACGACGAGGACGAGAGGGGUGGGAUGGGCGGAGGAGGAGGCGGAGGAGGUGGCAGUGGCGGAAACCAGGGGAAUGGGGAUCUGAGUAAGCCUGGCAUGCAGGUGUGACACACUGAUGUGAACAGGACGAGAGAAACGAGGGAGAGGAGGAACCGGAAGUGACAAGACUCUGAGACCAAAGGCAAUGAACCAAGAUCUGACUGUCUCUCUUUGUUAUUGAUAUAGAUGUGGCAAUACGCUCUUCUUCAUAUUGGGGCUGAAAGUCAGUGUGUGAUGGUGUGUGUGCGUGUGAUGGUGUGUGUGUGU